ACUGUCGCUACCUUUUCAGUCAGUUUUCAGCUGGAGCCACUCACCGACCGCAAUGAAGACCUUCGCCUUACUGCUCCUGGCUGCAGUGACCUGCAUGCAGGUCGCGAGCCAAGAUUCUCGAGAAGUAAUGAACGCCUGCAUGGAAACUUGCGGGGUGGAAAAGAAAGGUCCAGGUGGUCCACCUCCAGGUGGAAUGGACUGCUCCAUGGUGGAAAAUCAACCAGGACUGGGGUGCAUAACGGCUUGUAUACUCAAGAAAGAGGGUAUGAUGAAUGAGGAUGGCUCUUAUACUACCACCGAUGAGGCCGUACUGAAGCAGAAUUGCCAGGAUAAAAAGAUGCCCAUGUGUGAUGACGUUUCAAAAAUGGUACCAUGUUUGUCAGCUGCCCCUAUUACUGAUGCUGACGAUUCAAAGAUGGCUGGAAGUUCACAAGCUCGAGGAUCACUUAGCUGUGCAUGUAAAGCCAUGGAGAAGCAAAAGUCUGGCUAGUGUUAUUGAAGAACAAUAAGAAUAAUCAAUGUACAUUCCAGCGUUUAUUACUGACUCCAUGUUUCCGAUGAUCAAUAAAUAAUAAAAAUAUGAUUAUGC